AUGGCCCUCUCCAUUGGAAAUGCACAGCUUCUCCAGGCAGAAAUCGAUGAAACUGAUCUUAGUUUCUUCCGACUUUCAGUCCAUGGAAGUAUUAAAUAUCUUACCAUUGAGGGGAACAUUUUCUCAACCGCUGAUAUGGCUUUCGGCCCAUCUCUAAGAUCUCUACUGCCAGAGUUUCCACCUGGAGACUGGAAUGAUGGGCUGAUUGCCAAAGACAAGAGCACCGGGAAGCCAUAUUUUGCACGCGCUGUCCGGAACAUAUUUCCGGGUGUCAAAAACCAAUGGCAUGAGUACUCGGUCGACUAUUCAGAUAUUAAAGUGGGAAAGAGGCUUCGGACUGGCAUCUACGAGGCUCGAUGUCCGGGACUUGACACCGUUGUCGUCGUCAAAUUUGCUCGCUUCCACUGGGAGAUUCGAUACAUGGAAAGCGAGACAACAGCAUACGAGUGGAUAAAGGGCCACAACAUUGGCCCACGAUUUUUGGGUCACCUGGUCGAAGAUGGUCGCGUAAUCGGGUUCUUGAUGGAACGAAUUUUCAAUGCUCGACAUGCAGUGUUAGAUGAUCUCGAGGCUUGCUGGGAUACGUUGUCGCGGUUGCAUGCUCUGGGGAUCCGCCAUGGUGACACGAAUCGAUUUAAUUUCUUGAUGACCGACUCGAGGGCUAUUUUGAUCGACUACGAUACUGCUCAAAAGUGUGACGAUCACGACGCGCUUUGCGAGGAGCUUGACGGUCUUGCUGAAUCGCUAGCAAGUACAUCCCAUCGAGGCGGAGGGGGUUUACUCUGA